UAUAUAUAAUAGCUAGCUGUCAAGUUGUGAGUAAACAAAGAAGCGUGCAUAGUUAGUGAUGGCAGGAAACUUUGUAAUAGUUAAAGGUUUGAUUGAUCGAGUUGUGACGUUCUUGACUUUAUCAGAAGCGAUUGCUGAGCUAAAGAAAGCAGUAUACGAAGAGGCCAAUGAGUAUUUGAAUGAAAAAUUUGAUGGUUGGCGAAACAUUGUCAGAGAAGGAGUGAGAUAUGGAAUUGACAAAGCACAGGAGCUCUUGCAAGAUGCCAAGGAGUCGAUUGUGGGUGUUAUCAAAGAAAAUGAAAACUCUUCAAGGCCCUCACUCAAGGAGCUGUUAAAGGUGGUGCCCGGCUAGCAGCAGAAUAUGCCGCAAAAGAGGUAACAAGGGAAGGAGCAAAAAUGAUUCUAAAUGCAGGAGGUAAAAGUGUUGCUAAGGCAGCUGCUUCAAGAGGAGCUAAAAGGGCAACAAAGCAUGUAGUUACUCAAGGCACUAAGCGAUUAGUUACACAAGGUUCUAAGAAGGUAGUUGCUCAAGGAGGAAAGCGCUUGGCAUCACAAGGAACAAAGCAAGUCGUAACACAAGGUGUCAAACAAGGAAUAAAAUCAGCUGCAACUGCAGCUACUGGAGUUGGACUAGUAGCAGAUUUGGCCCAAGCAGGACUGGAGUAUUAUGGAUAUGAGAAAGAAGGAAAGGCUGUAGGAGCAACUGGAAAUCUUGCAUCUGGUGCUCUAUUUGGUGCUGCAAUAGCUGGACCUCCAGGAGCAGCCAUUGGUGCAUUGGGAGGGUUUAUGAUCUGGGGAACUGGAGAAUUUGUUGGAAAGUUCAUAGAAAAGUCCUUUUAACAGUUUGCUGACUUGUGAAAUUAUAAUGAUCACAUUAAUUCAUAUUCUGUUUCGCUUAAACAUUGUAUUGUAGUGCUCAUGUAUAAAACUUUAUGUUCAUUGUAAUUUAUAACUUUAUUAAGUAUUUUACUUGUUU